AUGCGAGUUAUCAACCUGACAGAUGAGGUUAUUGACCGGUCAGAUGAGAUGUCAGAUGUUGUGAAGCAAAAUGUCGGUGGCCUACAGACAGCACAUGUAGUGGAGGUGAUUGACAAGCAACAGUUUGAAUCAAUCCCAAGCCACCCGGAGGCAGAUGAGACGGACGACGCGCCGUGGUGGAUGCGCGGGGGCGGGGGGCAGGCGGGGGCGGCGCGCGGCCCCGCCACCGCCGGGGGGCAACCACGCCCCACCACCAUACAAGAGCCUGAGCACGCGGGGGCUCGUGCGGGCCACACCGGGCGCGCGCACGCCUGCGCCGCGUGCGGGAAACGGUUCAAGCUACGAACAAGUUAUAACCGACACCUCCGCCUUCAUACUGGAACAAAACCUUACGCCUGCGCCACGUGUGACGCGGCGUUCGUACGAAGCGACCAUUUAAAGGCACACCGACGGACCCACACCGACGAGCGACCGUACUCUUGCGCGACGUGUAAAAAACGCUUUAGCUGCUGGACCACAUUAAACAGGCACCGACGGAGUCACGCCGGUGUGAAGCGGUACAGUUGCAGUACUUGUAACAAGCCGUUUAUAAGACUGCCGAGUUUAGUCAGGCACGAACGGAGUCACGCCGACGACCGCCCGUACAACUACGCCUGUCAUAUGUGUACGAUAAAGUUUGCGGCGCUCUCCAGUUUACAAAACCAUUUACGACGACAUCGGGAGGGUGAUCGUGUACUCGAGUGCAAAAUAUGUGGCAGACGGUUCGAAGAAUCUAGUAGUUUAGAGGAGCAUGAAGAAACACACAAAAUUGAAAAGGCGUACUCUUGCGGGAUAUGUUACGAGGGGUUUGACUGUUUGAACGAUUUUCAAAAUCACGCACGAAUACACAUGUAA